AUGCCGGGCGUCGUCGAAAUGCCCGCCGCGGCCGAACCGUUUGAGCUGGGAUACAGUGUCGGGCACCAGAAAGUUGAGCUGGAUAUCGACUUUGCCAGCAAGAGCUUGAAGGGACGCACGGAAAUUACGAUUCAUCCCAACUACAAAACUUUGAAAGAGAUCCGUUUGGGCUUCCGACAGGGCGAGAUCAAGCGUGUGAAUGUCAACGGAAAAGUCGCGACGGCGAAUUAUACGGACCCCUACGACAGUCUUCAUCUAUACGGAGCACAUUACUACGAAAAACUCACCGCACACAUUGACAAAAACCUCCUCACAACACCCCCGAAGCCCGAGCUAUCGAUCGCGAUUCCGAAGAACGUGCGGAUUGACGAGUUGGAUCCUUUCUCGGCGGAAGCUCAGGAACAGAUCGCGCUUCAAGGCGCCGGUGGUGAUGUCGAUGGGCCGGCUGGUAUCAAAUCCGAGGCCAACCUGCCACAAUUUACCGCGGUGACGGUCAGCAUCGAGUUCACAAUCGAUCGGAUUCGAGAUGGACUGCAGUUUGUCGGGGUCGACACUGGAGACCGUCGCUACCCCCAUGCCUACACCACGAAUUCCCUGGAAUCCAGUGUUGGGUGCCCAUUGUUCCCCUGUGUGGAUGACCCGUCAUCGCGCAACACUUGGGAGAUCUCAAUCUCUUGCCCUUCAUCUUUGGGGGACGUUUUCCACCGCAAGGGACCUGACACAGGUUCUGCCACUCCUGCACGGUCGAGGGCUCAGAAAAGUUACAUUUCCUCGGACGAUGAGGGACUGGACAUGUCUGUGGUGUGCUCUGGUGAGCUGACGGAUGAUAUCACCGAUCCCAAGGACCCGACUCGAAAGACGGUCUCCUUUGCGGCCUACUCGCCCCUUUCCGCUCAACAGAUCGGUUUCGCCGUCGGUCCAUUCGAAUACGUGAAUUUGGCAGACUUUCGUGAAAGUGACCAGGAUGAACAACUCGGACAAAACGCUAUUCCUCUGCACGCAUUUUGUCUUCCAGGACGAGGUGAUGAGGUUCAAAAUACCGCCUUCCUGAUGGCGCAAGCCAUCGACUUCUUUUCUUUGAAUUACGGGUCUUACCCGUUCUCUAGUUACAAGAUCUGCUUUGUCGAUGAUGUCGCAGCCGAUACAUUACCUACAGCAUGCAUGGCCAUCUGCAGUAGCCAUCUUCUCUUCCCGGCUGAGAUUAUCGACCCCAUGUACGACUCAACUCGGGCUCUCGUGCAGGCACUCGCCUGCCAGUGGUCAGGAAUCAACAUCAUUCCUUUCGAGCCUGCGGAUAGCUGGGUGACCAUUGGUGUGGCAUGGUACAUCACAGAUACAUUUAUGAAAAAGCUUUGCGGAACUAAUGAAUAUCGAUACCGCCUCAAGCAGAUGUCUGACCGAGUCUGCGAGCUGGACUACGAACGGCCCUCUAUCUACGAUAUGGGCAAUUUUUUGAAGAUUGACCCUUCGGAGUACCGGUUCAUUGCGCUGAAAGCACCUUUAGUUCUUUUCAUCCUCGACCGCCGCUUGACAAAGGCCAGUGGAAAAGCUACCAUGUCUCGAAUUAUAUCUCGGUUAUUCUUGAACUCGCGCAUGGGUGACAUCCCUAAUGGAGCCGUCACUACUUCAUUGUUCCAAAAGACAUGCGAACGACUCGGCCAUGCCAAACUCGACGUAUUCUUCGGGCAGUGGGUCUACAACGCUGGAUGCCCCCGCUUCCAUGCCACACAACGAUUCAACAAGAAGAAGCUCGUGGUGGAAAUGAUGAUCCAACAGAUGCAGUCCAAUCAACAAGCUGCUCGUGAUCUUGGGAAGGACACAUUCUUGCGCGAUCUUAAGGAAGAGGUCCGACAUGUCUACGCUGGUACUAUUCAGCCCGUCUUUACUGGCUCUAUGACACUUCGUAUCCACGAGGCCGACGGCACUCCGUAUGAACACAUUGUCGAGAUUAAAGAAGGUACCACGAAGUUCGACAUCCCUUACAACACAAAAUACAAACGGUUGAAGCGAAACAAGAAGCAAAGAGAACGCGCGGUCGCGUCUGGUGAAGCCGAUGCCCAGGAGGAAGUCCUUCUCUACUGCCUUGGAGAUGUCCUUCAGACAGAGGAAGAGACCGCUCAGUGGCGAUUGGCCGACUGGACCAAGGAAGAUGAAGAACGAAUGGGUCAGGAGUCCUACGAGUGGAUCCGUAUGGACGCUGAUUUUGAAUGGGUGUGCAAACUCUCUCUCGGUAUGCCUGGAUACAUGUAUCUCUCGCAGUUGCAACAAGACCGAGAUGUCGUUGCUCAGCUGGAGUCUCUUCAGUAUAUGGCGGCGCAGCGCGAACAUCCUUUGAUCUCAACUAUCUUUGUCCGAACUCUCAUGGAUAGUCGAUAUUUCCACGGCAUACGAGUGACUGCAGCAGAAGCGUUGAUCAAACACGCCAAAGACGAAGUUGAUUGGAUCGGCCUUUUCCAUCUAGAGAAGGCCUUUCAAGAGCUUUUCUGUCUACCGGACUCACCGAUGACCAGAUCCAAUGAUUUCUCGGAUCGUGCAGCCUAUCUCCUGCAGCAGGUCAUCCCGGACUGCAUCUCGAAGGUCCGGGAUAAUAGUGGCAAGACACCUUUUAGGGUGAAACAAUUUUUGUUCGAUAAGCUCAAGUUCAACGACAACUCUAACAAUGAGGUAUAUGCGAUUCCCUCGCCUUUCUUGAAACUAGUGCUAACCUUGAACCAGUACUCGGACAAUUACUAUGUCGCUUCCCUGAUGCGCUCACUCUGUCAUGCGAUGCUCGGCAGAACUGAACCCCGACUCGACGAUGAAAUGACCAAUUUCGACAUGGAGCGUGUUCUCAAAAACCAAGCCGAAGAGCAACUUGAAAAGGACGCAUUGGCCGAGUUCGACCGAUACAGAAGAAUGGAUGAAUGGUCCGGCUCAUACCAGAACAUUUAUGCGCGAGCCGCCUUGUACUGCCAGAUGCAGAUGAUGCAGGCCAAGAUACAAGACUUGGACAUCAUGCUUUUCGUGCCCUACACCCGUUCUGGAACUUACGACUUGCUUCGUGUGAGGGCAUUUGAAUGUCUCGUGGAGCUUGAUAUCUCUCAAAGUCCCGAGCUCUUCCGCUGGCUCAUCUUCACCAUGACCAGUGACUCAUCGGCUUACGUUCGCCAUCACUGUCAGCGGCUAUUUGGGCGAGCUUUAGCGCAGAUCGCAUUUGGACGCCCUGAGCAAACGGAACCAGCUCAAACGGGCGGCUUGAUCAUCGAACAAGAGUCAUCAACAGAGAAUCGACAAGCUGAUCUCGCUCGUCGUCAAACCGUUCCCGGUGCCAUUGAAGCUUUGAAAAGGGAGCUCGCGAAUGAUCCAAACAUCAAAGAGUACAUGUGGUCCGCAUGCAACUCGACGCAAAUCGGAGUUCUCGAGUUGGCCGAGUUGUUGGACGUUUGCCGAGUCCUGUUCGACCCAGUCACCUCCAAGCGCAUAACUCUGCGACUCGGGCGUCAUUGGCGAGUCAAGAACCUCGGACAUGGCAAGCUCCACUUCACCCGCACGGGAACCUUCCGGAGCAGUCUCAAUCCCAAGCGCAAGCGCGAAGAGGUGGGAAUGGGACCUCCUCCGCGACUCGUUUUCAAGCAGUCGAAGAGUGGCACUCCAAGCACGCCUUCGUCGACCACUCUCCCCAAGUUGCACAUCCCAAAACUAUCCUCUACACCAACAUCAGGCACACCUACGGCCUCGACACCAGCCACGCCAGCCAGCGGCGGCGGCUUGAAACUCAAGCUCAAGUUUGGGCAGAAAAAAUAA